AUGGCUCCAAUAAUAACUACAUCAUUUUCUCAGCCUAGCUUGGGUCGUCACGGCCAUUCGAUUGAUCUGUUUAGUGGCUCAAAGCCAACACAACAGACCUCGCCUCCACGUACACCUCCUGCUGGAGUCCACAAGGACAGCGCAUCUGAUAUUGAACACCUCAGUGUCUCACGUUUUCCUCCAGUAGACCCAGGAGAGGAGCCACAUGUUGCUAUCAUCGGAUGUGGCUACGUCGGAGAACAUCUCAUAAAAAGAUUCUCAAGCCGUUACAGUGUGCUUGGAUUCGAGGUUUCCACCGAGCGCGUUGAGUCUUUGAGAAAGGUGUAUGAUCAGGAAGACAGUCGCGUUUCCUUCACGCUCGCUCCCAAGGACCUAUCCAGAGCCACCCAUUUCCUAGUCUCUGUUCCAACCCUCUUGCUGGAGGACAAAAGUAUCAACACCAGUUAUAUCCAGCUUGCUCUAACGACGAUCGGCAGAUAUGCGCGUCGCGGUUCUACCAUUGUCGUGGAAAGCUCUGUAGCUGUGGGAAUGACCAGACAACUUGUCGGGCCGCUAGCAAAGCAAAAGGGAUUCUAUGCAGGCAUGUCUCCUGAGAGGGUUGAUCCUGGCCGAACCGAACCACCUGCGCAGAGAAUACCGAAGAUCAUCUCUGGCCUAGAUGACGUUGUUCCCGGAUCACUGGAAGCUAUCACUCGCCUGUACUCUCCCGUCUUUGACACCAUUUUCCCUGUCUCCAAGCCAGAGGUUGCGGAAAUGAUGAAACUUUACGAAAACUGCCAGAGAAUGGUAUGCAUUGCAUACGCAAAUGAAAUGGCUGAUGCUUGUGCCCCCCAUGGCAUCGACCCCUACGAAGUCUGCCGGGCUGCAGCAACCAAACCGUUUGGUUAUAUGCCUUACACGCCAAGUUUGGGCGUAGGAGGGCAUUGUAUACCAGUCAACCCUUAUUACCUCCUCUCCAACAGCGAUUUUCCUUUAUUGGAAGCUUGCACAGAGAAAAUGUGGCAAAGACCGGUGGAGAUUGGCCAGAAAGCCCUUGAACUUCUCGGCAAUAUUGAUGGCAGGGAAGAACAGAUGCGACCGGCAAUUCAUCAUGUCGAUUCUUGUAUGGACAUGUAUUGUGCCCAAACCGUACACAACGCUGCCCUCGAGAACAAAGACAUGGCCAUUGAAGUGACAAGCCGUAGAAGCUCUACGUCACGAGCUCGUGUGCUUAUCGUCGGUAUAGGCUUCAAGCCAGGCCAGAGCGUCUUGAGCAACUCUCCUGGACAAAAGUUGGCUCAAUCACUUGCAGACUCGGGUCGCGUCGACGUCAUGUUUGCUGACCCUUUGGUGGAACAAUCUGCCAUACCGCUUAUCCCACGCCUCGACGACGAGUCCUGGAACAAAGAGGUGCUCGAGACAUUCGACAUGAUUAUCGUCGCCAUCAAGCAAGUUGGCCCCGACUUGGACGUUCUUCAGGAGUUAGAUGGACCGAAGAUCCAGAUGUGGUGCGCGUAA